AGAGUCCAGGUACAGCAGGCUUGAGAAUGGAUGGAUGGGUGGAUGGGGAGGUGGGGAUGUCACAGGUCUGAUGGCAGAGCCAGGGGGAGGGGGAACAGCCAGGAGGGCUCGCAGGCUCUGCUUGAUGAAGGGGGUCAGCGUGUGUGUGUGUCAUCGAGGUGGGCAGGGAGAGGGAGGGCUGUGCGUGGGGGGAGGCUAUAUAGGCUGGUGUGGCUGAUACGGCAGAACCGAGCCUCACAUCCGUCCGAGGGAGCCGGGGACUGACAGCUCUCAGCAUCCUGCUUCCUGCUGCUCUUGCACCAUGAAAGUCCUGCUUUGUGUCCUCCUGCUGCCCAGCCUCCUCCCCAGCGUCUUCAGCAGUUGUCAGAGGGACUGUCUCACCUGCCGGGAGAAGCUCCGCCCAGCCCUGGACAGCUUCGACCUGGAGGUGUGCGUCCUCGAGUGUGAAGAGAAGGUCUUCCCCAGCCCCCUCUGGACUCCGUGCUCCAAGGUCACGGCCAGGGGCUCCUGGCAGCUCAGCCCCGCAGACCCCGAGCACGUGGCGGCUGCCCGGUACCAGCCAAGAGCCACCGAGAUGCAGCACCUGAAGCGGAUGCCCCGCGUCCGGAGCCUGUCCCAAGCGCCCGAAGAGGCUGGGCCUGGUGUGGAGGGGGCUGGUGACACCGAGCAGAAGCAGCUGCAGAAGAGGUUUGGGGGCUUCACGGGGGCCCGGAAGUCAGCCCGGAAGUUGGCCAACCAGAAGCGGUUCAGUGAGUUUAUGAGGCAGUACCUGGUCCUGAGCAUGCAGUCCAGCCAGCGCCGGCGCACCCUGCACCAGAAUGGUAAUGUGUAGCCGGAAGGGGCGCCCCUCCCAGCUGCACCGGCCUCUGCAACCCAUGAGCGUCCGGGUGACCCCCCAAACAGCAUGUGUCCAGCCCCAGACCUGCCGCCUGGGAAUCAGGAUUCCUUCUUCCCCGAGGCACUGAGCGAGCACCUGCAGGACCCCCCAGCCUCCCCGCAGGCUUUGCCUCCAGAACCUCCCCGUCUGGUUGACCCUGCCCCACCCCCGGCAUGCUCCCCCCACCUGUUGCCACAUCAGAGUGUAUUUUUGUAAUUCCUCCGGCUAACAUUUCAGCAACCCCUGUCUCUGCCACUCGCCCACCUCCUCCUCUGAGGGCCGGCGACCAGAAUACCAAGCCUGGGGUUUUGACUGGUCACUGCCAUCCCUUGUUUGUAAAAGAGCUGUUCUUUUUGACUGAUUGUUUUGAACAACGAUUUCUCCAUUAAACUUCUACUGAGCAAACGGUUCAU